AUGCUGGAACAGGAAGGCUUGUCCGAAAUAGCUCACAGUAAUGCCAGCGAACAGAUUGCUUAUUUACUGGUAGAAAGAACGACGCUACUGGAGAAACUGGAGAUCGCGGAUCAGAAGUUGGAUUCACACAGCUGCGUAGACAGGCUGCGUGCUGCACAGCUCCAGGAUGAGUUUGAUCACAUUCAUCAGACGUUAGAAGAUGAACUCCAACAACAACGUGAACCCACGCAGCAUACCGGAGAGACAAUGAAUGAGGUAAUAUCCCUUGUGUUUCAGUUCUACAGGGAAGAGCUGGAGAGGGAACAAGCAUCACGUGCAAGACUUGAACGAGAUCUGGAUGAGGCCACACAGAGGCUGAUGAUGGCCCAGGAAGAGAUUCAGAGGUUGACAGAUGAGCUGGAUGCACAAAGAAAGGAGGAGAGCAAAAUAGAAUCGGCCUCGUGGUCAGCCCUGCGACCGCCUGAGAGCUGGGAAGAAGGGGUGGACAAAUGGAAGGAGAGCGACCCGACUGAGCUACAGAAGGCCAUGGAGCACAACAGCAGACUGGACAGGGAAAUCCUGGCGCUGCGAGCACGGGUCCAAACGCUCGAUUUGGAAAGGAAAGCGUUCCUCGAUCUGGUUGAACAGCUCAAAGAGGAGAUCUGUGAGUAUCAGAAGAGUGAGAAGCAAGGACUUCCAUUGCCUGCGCCCGGCGAGACUGAAGAAGUCGCAGCAUCCUCGCUGCAGGGCACAAAGGAUGAAGGGAGGAUUGAAGGAGACUAUGUUUCAGGCCAAGCUGGCUCAGAUCAAGAGGACAGAUAUCAGGGUAGUGAAACACUUCAUAAAAGGUGCCGAGAGGUGAUUGAAAACAUCGAGGGCAGGAAUUCACAGCUCCUUCACAAGCUGCAGAAACUGGAGCAGGAGCACGAGGAUUUGGUUGAGCGCAAUGAAGAGCUGGAAUCAAUUCUGGGAGAGACACAGAUCCAAACCAAGCAGGAGAAGGAACAUUUUGAGUGUGAGGUGGAGGGACUUCAUCGGAAGAUCACAAGUUUAGAAACAGAGUUACUUGAAGUGCAGAAGAACAAAACUGAGAUGAAUGGGGAAGAGCAGGCAUCGUCUGGAGCACAAGAGAUGCAAGAGAUGUUGGAAAGCUGUCAGGAAACAAUAGAAAAGUUGGGAAGUCAGCUGGGAGAGCGGAGAGAACGGAGAAAGCAACUUGCAUCUGAGCUUGAACUGUUACGAGAAGAUCUGAAGGCUGAGAAGGUGGGGUUGCCUGACUCAAAAUCAGAGUUUACAAGCCAUUGUAAUAACUUCCCAAGUCUCCAAAGAACAUCAGCAAGCAGAGAUCACAUUAAUGUGUCCCAUGAGGAGCUACAAAAAGAUAAUGCUUUGUUAGAUACAGAGGUCUCUGAACUCCUACAAGAAAGAGAACAGAUUAACAAACUCGAGCAGAAACAUGAAGAUGUAUGUACAGAUGAAAAGACAUAUGAAGAACAGAUGGCUAAAGUAGUAUUUUUGGAAGAACAGAUCAAAAACUUGAGAGAUGAACAAGAACUGCUCUGUUCUGAAUUGCUAGAAAGCAACAAGAAGAGGGAGGAGCUAGAAAAGCAGCUGAAAGAGAGCAGUGAAGAAAAACGGUUGUUACUGGAAGAAAUUGCCCAGCUAAAACAAGAUAUCUUGACUACCCGGGGGCAGGUCGACAGCACGCUUGAAGAGACUUUGAGGACGAAUCAAGGCAUGGCGCAUAGAGAGAACAGGUUUCUCGUGUCGCAGAGCUCUGCAGGAGGUUUAGAUGGGAGCGUUAAACAGAGUCUGUCCAAUGAGAGAUUCCAGCAGCAGGAGGAAAAAAUGCAGCAGCUGCGGCAGGACUUGCGUCGAGUUCAGAACUUGUGCAGCUCGGCCGAGAGGGAGCUGAGAUACGAAAGGGAGAAGAACGUUGACUUACAAAAGCAAAAUCUCUUGCUCCAACAGGAAUGCACCAAGGUCAAAGCUGAGCUGAAGCAAGCCCGGGCAAAACUCUCGGACACAACCGAAACGUGCUCCUCUCUCUCAGCACAGUGGGAAAAAAGCCAGCAGAAGGUCAAAGAACUCGAACAAGAGCUCUUGAAGUGCUCCCAGGCUGAUAAACUGCAAAGCGGUCUGCAAGAGAAACUUGCACAGGAGAAAUCCAAAGUAUGUGAAGCACAAAAAAAGAUUUCAAAACUCCAGCAAAAGCUGAAAGAUUCACAACACCAGCUCCUGCUGGCAGAGGCCCGUGUUUCAGACAAGAAACUCCUGGAGGAGGAAUUGAAGGAGGCCCGAGAAAAUGAAGCUCGCGUGCAGCAAGAACUUCACGAGGAGCAGCUGAAAAGGAAGCUCCUGGAGCAGCAGGUGGAAGAGCUGCGGCAGCAGCUCCAGCAUUCGCGGGAGACAGAGGCGUCGCUGGCCAAGAUGCACGUGGAGCUGCAGGCCAAGACUCUGCACGUCCUAGAAGAUGAGAGGAAAACUGACUCGAGUGAGCACCUCCAGUGUCAGAAGGAGAACCAGAAGCUUUCAGAGCAACUUUCACUGAUGAAGGAGGAAAACAAAGCCCUUUAUGAGGAAGGAGUCCGACUCCUGAACCAGAAGGAUCUGUAUGUCAGGAAAUACAACGACAUGCAGCUCCGCCACAAAGACAAGAUCCGCAGAGCCAAGGAGACCUUUAUCCACGAAGUGAAACAAAGGGACAGCAGAAUUAAGCAGCUUGAAAAUGAGCUCAGCGAGUCAAAGCUCCAAGUGGAAAAGGGGAAGAUGCUGAUUGCACAGGUCACUGCCGAGAAUGAGAAAUUACUCCAGGAAAGAAGACGGCUCCUCCAGAAGAUAAUUGACCAAGAGGAGACCCCUUGGAGCAACCGGUCUACGACUGCCACCCUGCAAAGCAGAGUGAAGAUCCUGGAGGAGGAGAAUGUGCGGCUGCACGAGAGCAAACUCCAGCUCUCCGGCCACAUGCCGACCUCGCAGCGCGCGCCGAGGAGCAUCCAUGCUCCCAACACGGAGGACUCGAAGAGCGUUAACUUCUCUGAACGCCAGCUACAGAGUAAGGUGUUGCCAUCUCCCCGUACCAGGUACCGUGGGGUUAAAGGAGGAGGCAGGGAAUGCCUCUCGGCAUGUGAUACCCGUGACAAGCUCGUCACUGAGGCGUAG